AUGGCGGAUACACUUUCACUGAGAGGAAAAAAACUGGAUUUUUAUGGAAGAGAUGACAUGUAUGUAAGACUGAACAACACCAUUCCUGAACUCAGCCGAUUUACGGCAUGCAUUGACUUGGUCUUCAUGGAUGGCAAAGCAAGUGAUUGGAUAGCCUUCUCCUACAUUAUUAAUAAUACCUUCCUGGGCAAAGAAGACAUAGACCUUGGACUUGCAGGAGACCACCAGCAGCUAAUACUACACAACUUGGGCAAGACCUUUUAUAUCCGUUACCACCUGACUCCCUUUCAGUGGCAUACGAUAUGCUUGAUAUGGGAUGGUGUGAAGGGCAGGUUAGAGCUCUUCCUGAAUAAAGAAAGGCUACUGGUAAUGAUGGAUCAACCACAAAACCUGACAUCUAAUGGGACUUUAGUCUUAGGACACUUUCCUAAGAAGGGGACCAGCCAGGCUAAACGUGUGGUGCCUGGCUUCAUCGGCAGUCUGUACUACUUUCAACUGUGGAACCAUAUCCUGGAGAAUGAGGAACUUACGAAAUGUUUAGAUGGAAAUGUAGUUAGCUGGAAAGAAGAUGCUUGGCUCCUCAACAAGAUAAUCCCAACUGUUGACAAGAGACUGCGCUGCUUUGUUUCUGAUAAUAUAACAAUUCAAGGAACAAGUACAGCUCUUUCACAACAAAUAGAUUUGACAACUUCAUCCCAAAGUACCGUACUAAAACCACAAAAGACUCUAUAUUCCUCUACAGCGGUGUCUAAAAGUAUACCUGUGUUUGCAAGUGAUUAUGCCACCAUAUAUUCCAACACAACAUCUCUGGAAACAAUGACUGCAUCAAAAAAUUUUAAGCCCUCUAUAGCUAACACAUCUACGUUAGCAGUAGACAUUUUAUCUACUUCAGCACCCGUCACUCGCCCUGUCAUGAGUACAUCCAUAAUCACUACUAACAAUUCCAUGCAAACAAGUAAAUCUUCAUCUUCAGAAAGGAUGAUGACAACAAAAAUGACUGAAGCCAUUGCUUCUGAGACCUUUCAUCCAACUACUGCUACUGAUUUUUUAUACACAUCUGGAUUUACCAAAAAUUCAGUUGUAGCUAAAACUUCAGCAACUAGAUUCCAGUCUGCCAUUAUGAAGACAACGCCUUUAUUCUCAUCUACUGAGUCGACAUCCAUGUUUACAACAUCUUGGCCCAAACACAAAUCCACAGAUAUUGGGGCACUCCCUUUCUCCACAACUGGCCAGGUAUUUCUUGAACCUUCAGCUGCUGGAACUGUACCUUGGUCCACAGUGGAACAAACUUCAGCUACAACUACUCACAUUGGGAAUGCAUCAGCAUUCCCACCUGAGUCUGAGCUCAUCUCCACAGCUGCUCUAGUGGACUCUGCAUUUUCUAGAAAUGAGACCGCAUCUACAUCAGCAACAACUGAUACGGAAAUAGCAUUUACAGUUCAUUUAAUGACUCUUCCAACUAAGCCUAUUGAUAUCACAUCUUCCCUAAAAACAGCUAGAACAGAAUUGACUUCUGCAAAUUUCCAGGAUGUCUCUUCACCCAGAGUGGAGGGUGCCAUCUCUACUUCCAUGCCAAGAGAGGCCUCUUCUAUGGCCCUUUCUUUCAGGACAUCCUCUCCAUUCAUUGGAGCUCAGAGUGUACAGACAGUUACUGAUGAUGAGACUACACUUACAGUCUUAACUUCUAGAAUCACACUUGCACCUACAGUGGCUGAAACUAUACUUUCUCCCACAAUCACAGGGCCAGUAUAUACACAGAAUAGGCCCACAUUUGGUGAAAAUAUACUUCCUUUGAGUUCCACUAGAUCAGCUUCCACAACCAAGGCAUCUGGGUCAGGUCAUACAACUAUAACUGAUGAAUCUGCCCACCUAUUCCCCACCAAUGAGACCACUUGGACUUCAAGGUCAGACCAGAAUCUUUUGACAUCUAUAAAUGCAAGCACCAUACUUACAUUUAUACCUAAUGUAAAUUUCACAUCAGCAUUCCAUGGGGGAACUUCUAAUACAGAACAAUCAUUCAUAACUACUAAUAUCAUCACUCCACCAGAAGCAUCCACAGAGAGUGAGCCUACUACUGCCACUAAUGCUAUUACUGCCACUACAGACAGAUAUACAACAACUGUAUCCAAACUGACAUCUCUAUGGUUUGCUAAUUCCUCCACAGUUUCUGGAACCACAUCUGUACCCAAACCUUCUGAACUUAAACUUACAACCUUACUACUGAAAACCACCCCUAGGUCUACAUUAGCUGCAAAUGCACUUCUUUCAACACCAAGGGGAACAGGUAUUCCACCAGAAGAUAUGGAAUCUACCCUUGCUGACAUUAAAUCAAAUUUUUCUACUGAGGAGAGCUCUUCUGAGACCACACAAACCGACACAAAUAGUACAAUUGUAUUUGGAGAGACAACAGCCCUUGUUCCAAAGUCUGUGACAACACAAAUUUUCAAUGCUACUGUGACAAUAAAAGAAACAACUUCCCAUUAUCUUAAGGGAAAAUCAACGACAGCAGUGACUCCUGAGGUUUCUGCAUUUUCAAUGAUGCUGGAGGCAACAGGUGAAUCUGAACAAAUGGUGACAGCCUCCACCAUUUCCCCUUUUCCCAAUAUGGAAAAGAUUACUACUCCAGUGGAUAAUAAAACUGCAACUACUGAGACUAGAAGUUGGCUUACGACAAAAUCUGUGAAAACCACACCUAAGCAUUUGAGCUCGUACAAUGGAACUACAGACAUCUUGAAUUCCACCCACACCUAUACAGCACAUUGGACUUUAGAGACACCACUUGAGGGGAAUUCAGGUCCAUCUCCCACUUCUGAAGACACACAGACAUUCCCUGAACUCCUGGAUGUAUCCACCGCAAGGAUACUUGGGACUAUUUUCUCCAUAACUACAGACAGGCCAGCUAUGUCCUUGUCUGCUGGUACCUUACCUUCACAGCCUAUAUCUAUUCCUUCCCCAGCAACCUCUGGGCCUGUUACCCAUAUGCUCUCACUGCCAGUUGGUGGCUCUGUUGUCACCUCUAUGGUGGGGUCUGAUGAGACUAAAGUGACCAUGCCUGAGCCUUCAACACCGACCAGGGCUUUUUCCACAUCUAUGCUCUCAGAUGUCUCAACUCUGCCAUCAACUACAGUGACCACAGCACCAUUGACAACAUGGGGUCAGACUCCUUCCACAACCAGCAAUUUCAUGCCUACCCACAAAGACUCUAUUCUCACCACUUCAGAGGCCACAGUGAUCUCUGUCAGGAUGACACCUAUGACAGUUCCUUCUCUGACAGAAACUACAGUCCCCUCAAUGAGUCCCCCCACUCUUAUAACAACUAAGGUUGAUACCGCCCUCCCUUCCACCUCAUCUGACACAGUAACUCCAUCCACACAUACUCUUACCUUUUCCACAUCUCUCCCUGACAACAUACCUGUUGUGUCCUCCACUAAUGCUAUGUCAAUUGCAUCUACACCAGUAGCAACCCAGCCUAAAUCUCAAGUGGCAGAGGCUACAGUGCCAGAGACAUCUACCCAUGCUCUGAACUUUCUAUACACUUUCAGUGAUGACACAGAUGUUCUUAGCUUCAUUACUGGCACCACAGAGACCUCUGUUGUUAAUGAGACCAUGCCCUCACACACCUCUCCCAACAAGCUUACUACCUCAGUAGACGUUCAUAGUUCUCAAUCUUCCACACAUCUUGUAAACACACCUGUUCCCACCCUAUUGCUGACAAACACCUCUGCCAUAUCAUCUGACAAAGAACAGAUGAUCACAUCCUUGGGAAACGCUCCUAGGACUAUGGAAGCAACAGAAAUGUCCUCAUCAAAGAAUUCUUUUAUUUCAUACUUCCAAGGUACUUCAUCCUUGGAAAUGACAGAUACAGGAUUUUCUGAAACAAUAAAAAUUUCCAGUCACCAAACACAUUCACCUUCAGAGUUUCCACCUGGGACUCUGCUUGAGCGGAAUUCAGCGUCAUCUCUCACUUAUGGGAGCACACAGACUACACCUACCUUGACCUCAAAUAGCACAGUAGAUGCUCAUAUUUCAGAAAUGUCUACCAAUCUUGGGAAAACAGCUCUCCCUUCACAAGCUACGACAAUCACCACUUUUCUGUCUCCUGAAAAAGAAAGCAUGAGUGCCCUUUCGGUAUAUACUCCCAGAUCUGUGGAAAUGACCAUAGACUCCACCUCUGUGACUCACCCCAUCUCACACCAUCAGGAUACUUCAUUUGUAGAUGCUGCACCUGCCAGCACCGCCAGAUUAUCAAAUUCUAUGACCUUCAACACAACAACUUUACACUUGCCUUCACUUAGGACUCAAUCUGAGGUGACUUCAGUUUCCUCUCCUGUUUCUGAAAGCACACAGACGUCCCCUGAGUCCCUGUCUCUUUCCACAAUUGGACUAUUCAAUGCCAAUUUUACAAUAAUCUCUACUGACAGGAUCACUACAGUCCUUUCUGUUCCAAAUGUACCCACAUCACUUCUUGGGAAAACCUCUAUGGCAACACCUAUUCAUAUUUCCCAGAUGUCUUCACUGCCAAUUAAUGUCACUGCUUUCAGUUCCAAAAGAGGUUCUGAUGCUCCCACAGUGCCAAUGACUAAGUCUUCUAAAAUAAUGCCCACAGGUUGUUUGAAAAGUCCAUCUGUAGCCACUUCUGGGCCUAUGUCUGAGAUAUCCUCACUGUCAGUUACUGACUCUGCUUUCUCAUCUGUGGUUGUUUCUUCUGACACUCCCACAACAGUCAGGUCGUUCUCUACUUCAUCAUCUUCAGUUACCCCAAAGACUACUAUGACUAUAGAAAAAUCUACAUUGGAUGCCAUACCUGUGACAUAUGCUGGGCCUACUGCAAAAAGCACAGUGGUUUCCUCUGCUUUCACUACUUCAGAAAUGGCAAAGAUGUCUUCCAGGAUCACACCUUCAUCCUUUUCCACUCUGAAAGAGUCAACUUUUCCCUCUGUGAGAACCACCCCAACCACUGUUAUGGCUGGGAUAGUGACUCCACUGAUAAGGACCACUGUCUUCUCCCUACUCAGUUCUAAGAACACUGAAGCUGUUUCCUCUACUCCAAUGACCACAUUUUCACCAAUUCUCUCAACAACCCAACAACCAUCACAAGGAGAUGAGGCUACACAUCUUGGCAUAUUACCUGGGAUUUCUCACAGCUACCUCUCUACUGUGAUUGGUGGUAGAGAGACAGCUCUCACAAAUACUUAUUCUAAAACUAUAGUCCCCAAAAGUGUGCCUACUCCUUCAGAUAAUCUCCAUACUUCCUUGAAUAAUAAGGUUUCUCCAUCUUUGACUAGCUUUAACAAUACUCCUGGACCCACAAAAAGUAUGAAAAUCACUACUUACCUUUCUUCUAAUAUAGGAAAGAUGACUUCCUUGUCAGAAAAUACUUCCUUAAAAGAUGAACUAACAAAAAGUGCCACAUCUGCGAAGACUCCUAUUUCAUAUCCUCCAUUGAUUCCAUCCAUAGCAACUCCACUCUCUUUGACAUCAUUUCUUUAUUCACCUCAUAGUAUCGAAGCUGAGUUCUAUACUGCAAAGACCUCACCAGUUUCUACAUCCCACAUGGUUGAAUUUCCAGUUCAUGGAACAGCAAUAACAUCUACUCACUCUCAGUCUUUGCUUAAGACUCCCUGGAACGCACACACACCUACAGAUUCUCGAUUUCCAAUUUCCACCACUGCUCAUGUACCUACACCCAACAAGAUGGAAACAGCAACUCUACAACUUGUCCCAGGGUCUUUAUCAACAUUCACAGCCUCUCAGACUGGUUUUUUAUCUGAAUAUUUUAUCUCAAAGUCACCAGUUCCUACGCAUGGAAUUGUUCCUACCUUUGGGCUCUCUGAGAGUCCUUCAUUACCAACAUCUUCAAGAGCUAUCCCUACCACCUUGGCUGACAAUAAGCAAACACUUGAGAAGAAAACCACAUCUGUAACUCCCGGGAUCACACUUCCAUUGAAACCUUCUGGUGCCACUGCAAUAUCUAAAAUCUCGAAGGCUACUACUUUACCCAUGCUGACUGGGAUCUCAUCUAGUCUCCCUUCAGGUUCUCCUCCGGCAACUAUAUCCAAGGCCCCUCAAGCUAUAACUUCCUCUAUAGUAGAGAAGUCUAAACCUACAUUUCUGACUUCUGACAUGACACCAAAACACCUGCUCACUAACUUUACAACACUACCCUUUGCUAGUGGAGGCACCAUACUCACCAAAUCCACUCUUAGACCUACACUGGCUAGCGUCACUACUGACUCCCCAACUUCCUUACCUAUGUCUAUAAAAAUCACAGAUGACAAUGUAUACAUUUCCACAUCCCCUAGGGUAUCCCCUAGAACCACUGAUAUGGCCAACUCCAGGACUGUAUCUCAAUUUCCAUCCUUUAGCAGGAUGAGUAUGUCACCUCUUACAACUGACCACACCUUAUCCAUGGGUUCUAUACAUCUGUCUAAUCGUACAACAACAUCUUCAUGGAGUGCCAUCCCAGCUGUAUCAACAUCCCCUACUUUAGUUCUUCCUAAGCCCACACUGGACUCCCUUCCCCAAAAAACCACUACUUCUUCCACUGCUACUGGAGCCUCAUUUCCACUCAUAUCUACUGGAGUGACACACCCUUCUACAGCAACUGUGUCUUCAUUAAUAUCUUCCUCUUUUGAGACAACUGGGCUAGACUUCACAUCUUCCUUUUUAUCCAGAGGAAUAUUGACUUCAACUAUUGCAGCUGAGUAUACAGUGGUCAGUUCUCUAAAGGAAGAAAAGGGUAAAGAAGGGUUCAGUGGUGUUUCUUCUCUCGUUCAGACAUUGAAUUCUAUAUUUCUGGACAGUGAAUUUGUUCUUACUAAUCUAGCUACCCAAAUUAAAAGCAGAGACACAUCUGAGGAAGAAAUAACGAUGGACAGAGCUAUUUUGGAACAGAGAGAAGGGCAAGGAAUGGCUACAGCUUCCCGUGUACCAUACAGCUGUGUUUGUCAGGUCAUCAUAAAAGCCAACUCUUCUUUAGCACCCAGGGAAUUGAUUAACAAGAUCAAAAGUAAAAUACAUGGCAACCUUACCCAUGGAAACUUCACACAAGAUCAAUUGAUGUUAUUAGUAAAGUCUGAACAUGUUGCAGUGAAACAACUAGAGCCGGGAAAAUGCAAAGCCGAUGAAACAGUCUCUAAAUUCAAAGGGACAUAUAAGUGGCUAUUAACUAACCCUACUGAGAUAGCCCAAACUAGAUGCAUAAAAAAUGAGGAUCGAAAUGCUACUAGAAUCUGUUCAAUCAGUAUCAACAGUGGCAAAUCUGAGUGGGAAAAACCAAAGCUUAAACAAUGCAAAUUGCUUCAAGAACUUCCUGAUAAGAUUGUGGAUCUUGCUAAUAUUACCAUAAAUGAUGAGAAUGCAGAAGACGUUGCGGAGCACAUUUUAAAUUUGAUAAAAGAAUCCCCACCUCUGGAUGAAAAAGAAACAAAGAUAAUUAUAAUUCUGAGGACAGUGGAUCGUGCUGGUCACAAGAUGGAGUUUUCUGGGAGGACGGCAAAUCUGACAGUGGCUAGGCUGGCUUUGAUUUACCUAGGUGAAGUCCCUCUGAGGAAGAUUUUGGCUUCCAUAUAUUUGCCUAAAUCACUGAAGGAGAUAAUUCCCCUUAACAACUUACAGAGCAUCUUGUUUAAUUUCUUUGGCCAAACUUCACUCUUCAAGACCAAAAACUUCACUAACACAUUAACCACAUACGUUGUGAGUGCCAGCGUUUCAGACAUGUCCAUUCAAAACUUGGCUGACCCAGUGGUUAUCACUCUGCAGCACAUUGAAGGAAACCAGAAUUAUGGUCAAGUUCACUGUGCAUUUUGGGACUUUGACAAGAACAAUGGGCUAGGUGGAUGGAAUUCAUCAGGCUGUAAAGUAAGCGAAACAAACGUAGAUCACACGGUCUGCGAAUGUGACCAUCUCACUCAUUUUGGAGUAUUAAUGGAUUUAUCCAGGUCUACAGUGGAUGAAGUAAAUGAAAGGAUAUUAGUGCUUAUAACAUAUACUGGAUGUGGAAUCUCCUCCAUUUUCCUGGGAAUUGCAAUAGUGACAUACUUGGUUUUUCAUAAACUUCGGAAAGAUUAUCCUUCUAGAAUCCUGAUCAACCUGUGCACAGCACUACUGAUGCUCAACCUGGUGUUUCUGAUCAAUUCCUGGUCGGCAUCGUUUCAGAAAGCCGGCCUUUGUAUCACAGCUGCGGUGGCUCUUCAUUACUUCCUGCUCGUCUCUUUGACAUGGAUGGGCCUGGAGGCAGUCCACAUGUAUUUUGCGCUAGUCAAAGUCUUCAAUAUAUACAUCCCAAACUACAUCCUUAAAUUUUGUCUAGUUGGUUGGGGAAUCCCAGCUAUUACGGUUGCAAUCAUACUGAGUGUGAAAAAAGAUCUCUACGGAACUCUGAGCCCAGAGACUCCAUUUUGUUGGAUUAAGGAUGAUUCUGUCUUUUACAUCUCAGUCGUGGCUUAUUUUUGCCUCAUAUUUAUCAUGAACCUCUCCAUGUUCUGCACUGUUCUUGCGCAACUCAAUUCUAUGACAGCCCAAAGCCAGACGACUCGGCGGAAGAUGACCCUGCACGACCUCAAAGGCACAACAAGCCUGACAUUCUUACUUGGCCUCACCUGGGGGUUUGCCUUUUUUGCCUGGGGACCUGUGCGGAUCCUCUUCUUAUAUCUUUUUGCCAUUUUUAAUACCUUGCAAGGAUUCCUCAUUUUUGUGUUCCACUGUGCAAUGAAGGAGAGUGUGCGGGAGCAGUGGCAGAUACAUCUUUGUUGCAGGUGGUUUCAACUGGAUAACUCUUCUGAUGUAAGCAGCAGAUGUGGGCUGAAUUUUGGCUAUAAACAGAAGAAACUGAAGAAAACCAUUGAACACAAAUUGUUGACACUGUCCCUCAGAUCAACUGCAAGUAAUUCUACUUUCAAAUCUUUAGGCUCCAUCCAAGGCACUUCUUCCAAUAUAAGCUUUCCACAUGAUGACUUUGAUGAAGAUCGCUACUAUUUCUCUCCCUUGAGUCGUGAAGCUGUGCCUAAUUGUAUAAGAUUGGAGCCUAUAGUUAUGUCAUAUUAG